AUGUACCAAGAGCAUAAAGCCUCUAAGGUUCCAGGAGAUGUGCCUUUUCAUCUAUCUCUAUUCAUAUCUAUUUUGGCCUGUUCAUUAUCUAUCUUAGUAUAUCUGUCCCUGUCUGUUCGUAUCUAUCUAUCUAUCUAUUUGUAUUUAUCUAUCUAUCUAUCUGUAUUUAUCUAUCUAUCUAUCUGUAUUUAUCUAUCUCUAUCUGUUCGUAUCUAUCUAUCUAUCUAUCUAUCCAUCUGUAUUUAUCUAUCUCUAUCUGUUCGUAGCUAUCUAUCCAUCUACCUGUAUUUAUCUAUCUAUCACUAUCUGUGUUUAUCUGUUCAUAUCUAUCUUAGUCUAUUCAUAUCUAUUUUAGCCUGUUCAUUAUCUAUCUUAGCAUAUCUGUCUAUCUCAGUCUGUUCAUAUCUAUCUCUGUCUGUUCAUACCAAUCGAUUUGUUCAUAUCUAUGUAUUUAUCUAUCUAUCGCUAUCUGUUCGUAUCUAUCUGUUUUUAUCUGUUCAUAUCUCUCUAUCUUAG